GGAAUUCUGGCUGACUUGCAGAGUUUAGAAGUUCAGACAAACUUUGGUGGAGACAUUGUAGACAUCUUGGAUAUCUCCAUGGUAACUGCAUCUCCAGGGGCCAAUGGCACCUAUAUUGGUUCAGUGGAAAACUGUACAUGUAUCUCAGAUAGACAUGUAGAAGGUACAACUUCGACUUUUUUUUCUCACCAUCACAUAUAUAGUCUCCACUUUUUUAUGACUGAGAUUUGGCAUCCGUGGUCAGUGGAGUUAGGAGUCUGUGACAAAUGGUGUCUGUAACAAAUGGCAGUUGGUGAUAAUUGGAAUUUAAUGACUUGUUUUAGUUUGUCAGCACAACCAUGGAAGGAUUUUGAAUCUGCUGGUUUCAAAUUAAUCAACAGAGCUUACUCUUCAAGACUCAAGUAUAUUUUAGGGUAAAUGCCAAAAUUAUGUAAAAUGUUUUUAUACUUGUUUAUUUUUAUACUUGUCACAUUUUUAUUGAGCCACACCAUACAGGGUGUCAUUGUCAAUCAAUGCCACAAAUUGCUACAUUGUUACAAUUAAGGUGACCUUUGACCUAUAAACAUGGAAAGAUUAUUUAAUAUCCAGUUUUAAUUUGGUUGCCAUAGUACUAUGUGUGACAUCAUAAACAAUAGAACAUUUGAAAGAUAUACUCUAACUGUACAAACAAUAACUUCUGGGUAACUUUUCCUUUGAAUGCAACAGAGAAGGAGAUAAAAUGUGUUUAUCAUUUUUGUCAUGCUUGUCCAUGUCUGUUACUCUGGGCCUUUUAGUGGCCAACUGGGCCAAUGAGGGAUGUAGCUACUACCCAUCUAUAUGCCAUCUAAAAGAUGAGAUUGCACUCUUGACACCACAUGUGGAAAAUAUUUCAAAAACGUUGAACUCAGAUGCUGAUAUGUUGAAAGUGAUGUAUGAAAUGAAUAGAGAGUUUUACAAUACUCUGACAACAGCCAAUGGCAAGAAUGAACUUAUUGUAGGCAAACUGGAGAUGAUAAGGCAGUAUUCUGCUGACAUUGUUGUGUUACAAGAGAAUGUUGCUGGAGUAGAAAUGACAGAUAUUGACCCAGAACAGAUAAAGUCUAAUGUUACUGCUAUUAACAUCAACAUAGCCGGAGUUAAAGUCCAGAUAUCAUCUCUGAAAGGGAGCUAUAUUCAAAUGCAUAAAUACUGGUACAUUUAUGGAGCCUUCCUUGCAAUAGAAAUCUUAAUAAAGAUCCUAAAUUUUAUGAACAAUGCAUACAACUGCUACAAAUCGAGAAAAAGGAUGAAGAACUCCCAGUCGGAGGCGCAUCAUGCUACAGAUGGUAAAAUUAGAAAAAUGCAUAUGUACCUUUAUGCCCACCCUAGAGUUGCCAAAGUCUUGAAGUUUGCUGCAUAUGGUGUAGGUUUUUUUUUGAAUGGUAUGGUCAUAUACUUUGAUAUCACAACUUCAAAGGCAUCCCAUGACAGCCUGAUGACCAUAAGAGAAUAUUUAAGAAACAUAAUUUCAGACACAGCAUUGAACCAACAGACUCUCACAAAUUGUAUAACCAUUGAAACCAAAGCUGCCACUGAAAUGGAAGUCAUCUAUGGCAAAAUUAGGCAAGGCUUUGUGAACAGCAGUGACUUCAUGAAUCAGGUAAAGGUAUACUCUGAGGAUUACUAUGACCAGAGCAUAGCCAGAAUACCUGUCUACACAUUGGACAAUGUAAAUAAAAACAACCUGAUAGCCUGCCAAAUUCAGUACAUCGACUGGCUCAUUGCUCAAGAAGGAAACUUGCAGGGCUUCAUUGAUCGCAUGAACGCUUUGGAAUCAGUUAUAAACAUGGUGAACUUAGUAACUCCACCGAUAUUUGCAUUCCAGUUGCUACUGAUAGGACAAGCACACGACCCCACUGUUAUGUUACCAAUUAUAUUUCAUGUCAUAAUAGACCUUAAACCUGACCUGGACCUUUGGCCAGAUAUGAAUAUGACCACAUAUCAGAUAAUUCAGCACAAUCUAACACAGUGGAGGAAUAAAUUCACAUCAAACAGUAUCUGAAUAAAACAAUGCAGAGACCUCAUUAUCCGGUCGACGCACCGCAAAUCACAAUCGCAACGUAAAUAUUUAGCGAAUCGUACGCAAAACGAUAUUAUGAGGUCAUCUCAAAGGCACUCUAGCGCAAAUUCAUUGCCGUUUUGCGUCUUUAGGGCAAAUCGCAGUUUUCUUAUUACACGGUAGACGCAUCG